AUGCAUGCCAACGUGAGUAUUACACACGUACCUGAUCGGAAACCAGGUAGUGUCGAUCGUCGGAUUCUGCUGGAUUUAGAUCGUUUCGAGCGGAACCAUCCACCACCGGCCACGAUCGUGUUAAUUUCGGGUGAUAUUGAUUUUGUCGGCAAGUUAGGUGAUCUUCGUCGUCAAGCGCAUUAUCAUGUCAUCGUUGUACACAAUAAGCCGGCCAAAGAGGAGUUGAAAGCCACAGUUAACGCAGAUUAUAGUUGGGAUAUGUUUACCUCUAAAAAUCAGCCUCUCGCCAGUCUUCAGGUUUCAUCCUCACCGAGAGCUACGCGAAGCAAUCGAACACGGUAUUCUAAUAGUUCUCAGUACAGAGCUCAAUAUCCAAUAUCUUCUGCACCCUCGAAAGCUAAAAGUCUGUUUAAAUGUCCGCGAUGUCCAAGUGAGUUUGAAACCGAAAAUUCGCUUCAGCAGCAUCAAGAAGCCAAACAACACUUAUUUCACUGUUCAUCAUGCGAUAACUGGUUCUUCACGUUUGCAUCUCGUUUGCAACAUCAGAAGGACAAGAGGCAUCACCGAGCAAGAAAAUAUUCGUGUACUGACUGUAAAAAAUCCUUUGGUACCCUGAACAGCCUCGAACAACAUCAGAAUGCCACUGGUCACGAUGAUGGGUUCUCUUCUUCUUCCGACUAUUCCAGUACUGACUGCUAGGGCUUUUAAUGCAAUGCUCAGUAUGGAAACUUUGGUACACCCGAAGAACAUCUUGAUAAGCAUUGUUUUUAGCUAUACUUCUGAGUUUUCUGAGGUUUGCGUCCAUUUAUCGUAAUAAUAGGGUUCAGACGAUGUUUGAAGGGAUGCUGGGAGGGUUUGGGAAUCGGUCAAUACUGUAAUUAGUACUCCUAAUAAACCAUAUUAAUUGAAUUCUAAAAAUUUAUUCAGCUUUGUCUUGUGCCAGUUAUAUGUAAGCCAAAAACUCGAAAGUCGUCUACUAAGAAAAAUUUGCGCGGAAAAAAAUAAGUUGAAAAAUUUCGCUCAAGAAAAAACGUUUCUGUAUUGUUGUUCGGUACUCUUCUACUACAAAAUUAUUCUCAUUCUCUUAACAUAAUUUCUGACAAUGAUCCUAGUUCAAGCCUGACUUUAUUAUUGAAUAAGAUUUCGAUUACAUGUACAUCUAUUUCAUGACAGGUUUUCACAUUCACAUGAAUGCUGACGCUGAUCGAUUUUUCCCUUAUAUGUAAAAAUUAUGAGAAGAAUGAUGCAGUGUAUCAGUGAGAGCAUGGUGCUCAUUGCCAGUAGUCAAUUAGGCAGACAAGUGAUUGGCGGAAAGUACUGCAGUCGUUUACUUCAAGACGGUUCUUCGGAUAAUUGCUCGCUUGGCAAGUUAUAUACCAGUCUCGGUGUAAUAGCCUGAAGUAAAGGUCAUUACCACGCGAGCCUUCAGCGGUCGCAAAAAUCAUACGAGAUCCGUAGUCGAUGUUCCUGAUGCAACUAUUUAAAAACUUGCCUUUUUUUGAAAGUACUUAUCAAGUAUGCAUGCACUGGUUUAUUUGCUCUAUCUAGCUGACUAGAAACAUCUAUAGAGCGAUGCGUUUACGGAUAAUAUCUCAACAGAGGUUCGCGGUGUAAAAAAAAGCUUAAUACAAUCAUCCGCGUUUGACUGCUAGCUUGCGCAUCUGAUUUCUUGUGGCAUUCUUGCACCAAUCGAACUGUCAACUAUCUCUUCUUGGUAUGUUCCUAUUAGAUAAGCGGUUACUGCUCUCUUAGUAGCAGAGGCUGACAGUGCGCGGUACCAAUUACGCAUUUGCAUAAGUGCCAUGAUAUAAUAUAUAAUCAUGCUGGAAGCCUCACAUGAAUCCAGUGGAAAACAUUUGAUUGUUGGGACAAAGUACAUUGGCUCUCUGUAUAAGCAUACGGUUUGUCAUACGUAUUUAGCUUUGCAUCAACAUGAAGGAACGGGGUCGAUAAGAGGCAAAGUCGGCUCCCUCUCAGAUAAAUCUCAUAUCCUCAAGUUUCGGAUCCAAGCUUUUCUCUCGUUAGAUGAACUUUCCUUAUAGUAUUUUCCUCAUUUCUUCUCUCUUACUAAAAGUAAAUCUCAACUACUAUAUGCCAUUCCAUAGAGAAUUUCACAACCUAUAAAAUGAUAUAUAAAAUAUUCAGGAAAAAAUACUAGAUAGUCUAGGAUCGGAAAUACUUGGUAGCAUCUCAGGAAAACCGAUAGGUCAACGUUGUUCAGGUUUAUACUAUCCAUUUACUUUUACGUUAACCACUUCACUUCACUUCAUAUACCUUUCGAUAGAGAAUUUCACGGGCUACAAAGUGAGCUAUAACGUUAACGCAUCAUUUUGAAAGUGUGCCUUUGUAAAUAUAUUCGGCAAGUACUUGAAUUAUCCGUUCUUGCUUGUGCAAUCGACUCGAUGUUAUCAGUAGUAAUUUUUUUUUAUUAAUCAAUUUAAAAGCAUUAGCCAACUAUUUUUCUUUUUUUUCAAAACACUGAAUUGUGCAAAUUACAAUUAUGUCUUACAAUAUAUAAGUCUGUUUAACCCGUGAUUUGCCACCACUAACGUAAAAGAUGUCAUCAUUUUUCUUUAAACUAUAAAUUCUAUUAAUAAUCAAGAUUUUCAGCUGGAUUUCUUAGUAGAAGGAGGACAUCUCAAGUUGCACCACGCAUCUUUAUAAAGCUGACUAAAAUAAAAAUUUUGUAAAUAAUUUCAUCACUUUAAAAUACUGUUGUAAGCUGUUAUCGUUGAGUAAGAAACAAAUUUGUGAUGAAAAUGUCAAUUGAAUAUGCAACAAUAAUAUCUUCUAGAAUCUUCAAAUAAACAGAGCCAUCAUUUAGCGUGAAAGAACUUUAUUCAAAGCAAACAUGACUCAUUAAAAACUAUAUCAUCGAUCAGAAGUCUAGAAGGUGAAACUCCAAAUGAUUUACAAGAAUUAUCGACCAUGGUAAAACCGUUUAAUAAGUGUUUUAGAAGAAAUAUGAAAAAAGUAAAUGACUGAAAUUCGAAGAAAAUAAGUUAUAGAUUGUAGAAGUUGUUAAGGCCGACCUCCCCCUCAAAAAUCGAUCUCAGCCCUGGUCAAUACAAAUGGGCUGAAAUUUGGAGCAUAUGCUGGGGCUGAAGUGCGAAGGCUGUGGUAAAAUUUUCAGCUCGAUACCUUGACAUUUGACAGAGAUAUGAGCAAAACACGGGUCAAAAAAGGUCAUCUUAUCUCCAAAAAAUCUGCCAUGGCAAAAAAAAAAGCCAUGGCAACUCGUCAUUGAAUUUUAUUGUGUCUUUUAUUGUCCUUGCCAGGCAGGUUUCUUGACUUCUGCUGCCUUCAGAUACAAGCGAUGACUCAUGUAAUUUUUUCUUUAUGAGGCAGUGCACGAUAGAGACGAACGAAGUUGCUCAAUGCACUGUCACAGAUUUUUCUCAAAUUAUCAGAGCAGAUAGAGAAAUGUGUCCUGAACAUUUUUGUCUCUUGACAUUUUUUUCCAAAAUGCUUUCCCUUGCCGCUAGAGUG